CAUGUAAUUUCUCAAUGUAAUAAGUUUUGUUUAGUUGCACACACUGGAGAAAAGUGCAAGUGAAAUUAGGGCCAUUUUUUGUGUGGUUUGUUGCAAUUUUCCGAUGAAUUCGUCGUUUGCCUGAAGCAGCACGCCAUACGCCAUGGAACUGCAGGUACAAGGAUGGGUCAUGCACCGGCUGUUGCUGGCGCUGACCUUGCUCCAGCUGGCUGGCAACUCGGUCGCAUUCUACGUUCCCGGAGUGGCGCCGGUGGAGUUUAAGAAGGGGCAGAAAAUUGACGUGAAAGCUGUGAAAAUGACCAGCACCCACACUCAGCUUCCGUACGAAUACUACUCUCUGCAGCUGUGCCUCCCGAAGAACGGGACGGUCGUGUACAAGAGUGAAAAUCUGGGCGAAGUUCUGCGCGGUGAUCGGAUCGUGAACACUCCGUACGAGGUGCGGAUGGCGGAAAACAUCCAGUGCAAGUUGCUGUGCAAUUCGAAGGAUCGACCAAUGAACUGGGACCACGAGCAAUCGGCCAAGGUGACCGAACGGAUACGGCACGAGUACUUUGUGCAUCUAAUCAUCGACAACCUUCCUGUGGCUACCAAGUUUGUCAACCCGGACACGAUGGAGCUACAGUUCGAGCAUGGCUACCGACUGGGGCAGAUGAAUGGCCCGAACCUUUACAUCAACAAUCAUCUACGAUUCCGACUGUUUUAUCAUCUCCACAGCGAAAACCAAUACCGGGUCGUUGGCUUCGAGGUGGAGACGCUGUCGAUUAAUAAGAAUUCUCUCAGCUUCGACGGCGAUACCUGUAUCUUUCCGGACAAUCCGAAACCACAGGCGGUCACACCAAACGGCCGCACGGAGCUGUUUUUCACCUACUCGGUCGUCUGGCAGGAAUCGUCGGUGAAGUGGGCCUCCCGUUGGGACAUUUAUCUGGGCAUGAACGACGUGCAGAUCCACUGGUUCAGCAUCAUCAACUCGCUGGUGGUUGUUUUCUUCCUCUCCGGAAUAUUGACCAUGAUUAUGGUGCGUACGCUGCGGAGGGACAUCGCCAAGUACAACACGGACGACAGUAUAAGCAUUGAGGAUACGCUCGAGGAAACGGGAUGGAAGCUGGUGCACGGGGACGUCUUCCGACCACCCCGUCACCCGAGACUGUUUGCCGCGGUCAUUGGCAGUGGCAUACAGAUCUUUUUCAUGGCCCUCAUCACGAUCAUUAUCGCCAUGCUUGGCAUGUUGUCGCCCUCGUCCCGUGGGGCACUGAUGACGGCCGGUAUAAUGCUGUACGUGUUUAUGGGUCUGAUCGCCGGGUACUUCUCGGCGCGGCUCUACAAAACAAUGAAAGGACGCAACUGGGAGCGUGCCGCGUUCCUGACGGCCACCUUCUACCCGGGGCUCGUUUUUGGGACAUGUUUCUUCUUGAACUUCUUCAUCUGGGACAAAGACUCGAGCGGAGCCGUACCGUUCGGCACGAUGGUGGCACUGCUGCUACUGUGGUUUGGCAUCUCGCUGCCGCUGGUGUUUCUGGGGUACUACUUUGGCUACCGAAAGCAGGCCUACCAGCACCCGGUGCGCACGAACAUGAUCCCACGGCAGAUUCCGCACCAGCACUGGUACAUGAACGUGGUCCUGUGCGUCCUCAUGGCCGGCAUCUUGCCGUUCGGUGCCGUGUUUAUCGAACUGUUCUUCAUAUUCUCGGCGAUCUGGCAGAAUCAGUUCUACUAUCUGUUUGGGUUUUUGUUCCUGGUGUUUUGCAUUCUAGUCGUGAGCUGCUCGCAGAUAUCGAUCGUGAUGACGUACUUUCAGCUGUGUGCUGAGGAUUAUCGGUGGUGGUGGAGGAGCUUCAUCGUGUCCGGUGGUUCGGCCGUGUACAUACUGUUCUAUAGUAUAUUCUACUUCUUUACGAAACUCGAAAUAACGGAAUUCAUCCCCACGCUCCUCUAUCUGGGAUACACUGGACUCAUGGUUAUCACAUUCUACAUUCUGACCGGUACGAUAGGAUUCUUCGCUGCGUAUAGUUUUAUAAGGAAAAUCUAUGGAGCCGUUAAGAUUGACUAAAAGCCAGACUUAGGAAUUGACAAGACUGGAACGGCUGGACGGAAACACACAUCAUCAACCCCCCAACUAACUUAUCAGUGCAAAGGACACACGCGCGGGGCUUGUCGAGACCAUUGCGAACGAAGGGGGGAGGCCUCUUUAUUUUUCUCAACCGGACAACCCAACCCAACCCUUUGUUGUGAUACAGUACACCGAAUACCGGAUGCAAUUCAGUUAUUUUUUUUAGAUCGUAUAAGAGACUUCAAGGCGAGUGCACCGUACUCUCGGAACGCACCGGGCCAAGAACCAAGUGAAGUGACAAAGUGUGUGUUUGCUGUAAAACUGCGUGCCCGAAACCUAACCACGGGUUUCCGGCCUUCGUGAAAGCCGGUAGCUCCGAGGGAUGGAAUCAGAGUUAGUUCUCACUUGGCGGCUUUAUUUGUACGCUUUUAAACCCGUCUUUCAACUCAACGACAUGCGCUGAGGCUACGCAAUUUUAGUUAGAUGUAAAAUACACUACUAGUAAGUCAUUUCGCGGCGAAUGAAUA